ACUUGUUUAUGUAGAGGGGCUCAUACUCUUGGAUUGGACUCCAAAAAUAUUAGAAUUUCAGCCUUCAAAGGCAGUGUUCUGAAUGAUGAAUCAGGAGACAGAAAAAAUGAGGGGAAUGUUCCAAAGAGUUCUAUUAAAGUUUCUUAUGUUCCAAAAGAUGGUGAAGCAGCCACGAUAGAAUCUUCCAAGGCUCAUAAUGGUCCAGUUGCCUAUGCCUCGGAAACUGGUGAGAACGUUGUGGGAUCACCUUCUAUUCAUAAAUUAUUGAAGAAAUGGAUAAUUAUGUUGCGAUCACAAUACCCAAGUCAAGUGGUGGACCUUGGGGAGAAGCACCUCCUAAAGAUGCAUCAGAAACUCAAGUUGGCACCCAAAGUAAUAGAAAAGGCGAGAUUCUGAAGAUUGUUUGGUGCUAUUUCUGGGAAAUGAAUGCGGCAAUCAAAAUACCCUUAUUAAUGUUUGUUCCAUGGUACCUUGGUGUCAAUUUGAUAUAUGGGGUCAAAGUUUCAAUGGAGUUGAUUCCACUAUGGGUGUUUGGGCCCUUGAUUGUUGCUCUUUACAUCAAGAUGCUUAGAGGCUUGUGCACGCUGUACGUUUUCUGCUUCAAGCAGACGGUUCAACUAAUUAGGAACGUACCUACUUACUACCUCCUGGCUUACAAGUAUAUCACAUGUGGAAAGCUGAAGGAAGAUGUACGGGCUCUCGUGUGGCUACCUGUGGAAGACAUGAAGAACUUGGACUACAAAGAGGUAUGGAGAAAAAAGGUGAAAGAUUUCCAAGAGCGGUUGAUGGAGAAGUACGUGGACUUUGUGGAAUCAAUAUGGCCAUAUUACUGCAGAACAAUCAGGUUCCUAAAGAGGGCUUACCCCAUUUAGGAUAGGAGUUGUUUGAUCCGAGUGA